AUGACCGGUGAAAGAGUUGUAUUUAUUUCUGCAUUUGAGGGAAGAGAAGAUAUUCUUUUCGUUAAAAAUGACAAAAAGAAUAUUCAUACGACUACCAUCUUUAGGCAACCAACCUGUGCCUGUAACAGGCACACAGAAAAAAUCAUUGAGAGAAAAUAUCCCGGUAGCGACCAGUCGAAUUGCUAUUAUACUUGUGAGAUUUGCUUCCAUGGUCAAAUUGAUGCAACUGCAGUGAAAAAAGAAAAUACGACAAUGUUCAAAUGUCCUGCAGGAGUCUGUGAUGGUUCUCAGAACUUCAAAUCUUUUAUCGAAGGAAUUUGCUGCGAAUCUGCUCAAAGAAAAGUGGAGUAUGAUCGACGGGUUGACAUUGGAACCUUCCAGCGCGACUUUGAAAAAGCCGUGGAUACAGAGAAUAAUAUCAUACAAGACAUAAAGGAUGCAAAAGAAGCCAAAAAGAGAACGAAAGAAGAAGCCGAUAGAGCCAUUGAAGCGGACAAAGCUGCUGAGGAACGAAUAAGAUCUUUAGAAGAAUCCCUUCCAAAAAUUCAGCAAGAGGUUGAUGCAAAGCGAAAAAAAUUGGAUGGGGUCAUUGCUUCUACCUUCAGGGUCAUCAAUACAUGUAAGACUGAACAGCUGAAGAUCGAAAUGAAAAAGAAGGAACUCUUCAGAUUCGAGAAAAAUCGGAAUUACCCCCAUUAA